AUGCCACCGAAGAAGAAGCAGAAGACGUGCGCGCGCACUGUGGAAGAUGUGCCAGCUGUUCAGGUCGCCUUGGACCAAUGGCUUCAGCAAACCUACAACCUGCGGCACAACAAGGCUGAUGAUGGCAAGAUGGCCUUGUUCCCAUGGCCUGUUGAGCAUGGUGGAACCUUUCUAGAGAUUGCCCAGCGUGCUUGGGGAGACGGUGAUCGCAUUUUGAAUGGUGCGCUUCGGGUUUGCCAGAAGGCUGGCAUUUGUGGCACUGAAUCUUGUUUGGAUGACUUCCAGCGGAGGUUCUGCAAGAUGGAGGACUGGCCACCUGUGGAGGGAAAGAUCAGCAAGACUUCCAUUUUGCAGUGGAGCAUGAUGAACGAAUCUUUCUGGCGUGGCUUUGUUCCGAUGAGCGAAGUUCUUGGCGUUGCUCGGUCCAUUGCUAUGUCGCGCUUCCGCGAGGCUGGACUUUGA